CUCGCUCGCCCGCCAGUCCGCGCGCCGCGGCGCUGUUGCUGUCGCCGCCACUGGUGCUGCUGCUGCUGUGCCGCCGCCGCUGUUGCCGCCGCCGCCGCUGGUGCUGCUGCUGCUGCUGCUGUGCCGCCGUGGCUGCGGGAGGCGGCGCUGGCUGGCGACUGGGCUCGCUCUAGUCAGCGGGCGAGGGAGCGAGCGAGCGAGCGAGAGAGUGUCUUUUAAAGAUGGCCGGAGCGGCGGCGGCGGUGGCCGCUGGAGCAGCCGCCGAAGCAGCCCCCGCCGCGGUGGCCGUGGCGGCCCCGGGUCGGGCCUCGGCUGCGCCGCCCCCGCCGCCUGUGUACUGUGUAUGCCGGCAGCCGUACGACGUGAACCGCUUCAUGAUCGAGUGCGAUAUCUGUAAGGACUGGUUCCAUGGCAGCUGUGUUAGAGUAGAAGAACAUCAUGCUGUUGAUAUUGACCUGUAUCACUGUCCUAACUGUGCAGUUCUCCAUGGAUCUUCCUUAAUGAAAAAGAGGAGGAACUGGCACAGACAUGACUACACAGAAAAUGAUGAUGGUUCUAAACCAGUACAAGCUGGGACACGAACUUUUGUUAAGGAAUUACGUGCUCGAGUUUUCCCAAGUGCUGAUGAAAUCAUAGUAAAGAUGAAUGGCAGCCAGCUGACACAAAGAUAUCUGGAGAAACAUGGAUUUGAUGUACCAAUUAUGGUUCCUAAAAUAGAUGAUCUAGGACUUAGACUCCCUCCACCAACUUUUUCUGUGAUGGAUGUGGAACGUUAUGUAGGUGGUGACAAAGUAAUAGAUGUCAUUGAUGUGGCAAGGCAGGCAGACAGCAAAAUGAAGCUUCACAACUAUGUUAAAUACUUCAUGAAUCCUAAUCGCCCAAAGGUGUUAAAUGUGAUCAGCCUCGAAUUUUCAGAUACAAAGAUGUCUGAAUUGGUGGAGGUUCCUGAUAUUGCCCGAAAACUUUCUUGGGUGGAAAAUUACUGGCCAGAUGAUUCAGUCUUCCCUAAGCCAUUUGUUCAGAAAUAUUGUUUGAUGGGAGUUCAGGACAGCUAUACAGACUUUCACAUUGACUUUGGUGGCACUUCAGUCUGGUACCAUGUUCUCUGGGGUGAGAAGAUUUUUUAUUUGAUAAAGCCAACAGAUGAAAAUUUAGCACUCUAUGAAUCUUGGAGUUCAUCUGUCACCCAAAGUGAGGUGUACUUUGGUGGAAAAGUGGAUAAAUGCUACAAGUGUGUUGUGAAGCAAGGGCACACCCUAUUUGUUCCAACAGGCUGGAUUCAUGCUGUGCUCACAUCUCAGGACUGUAUGGCUUUUGGAGGGAACUUUCUUCACAACCUUAAUAUUGGCAUGCAGCUCAGGUGUUAUGAGAUGGAGAAAAGGCUGAAAACACCUGAUCUUUUCAAGUUCCCUUUCUUUGAAGCCAUAUGUUGGUUUGUAGCCAAAAAUCUUUUGGAAACUUUGAAAGAAUUAAAAGAAGAUGGUUUUCAGCCCCAAAAUUACUUAGUUCAGGGAGUCAAGGCAUUGCAUACUGCUUUAAAAUUAUGGAUGAAAAAAGAACUUGUGUCAGAACAUGCCUUUGAAAUUCCAGACAAUGUUAGACCGGGACAUCUCAUUAAAGAACUUUCUAAAGUAAUUCGUUCCAUAGAGGAGGAAAACAGUAAGCCAGUCAAAUCUCAGGGAAUUCUUACUAUGUGCCCAGUUUCACGAUCCUCAAAUGAAGCACCCUCCCCAUACCAUUCCAGAAGAAAAAUGAGGAAACUUCGAGAUCAUAAUGUUAGAACUCCUUCUAAUCUGGACAUCUUAGAACUCCACACAAGAGAGGUGCUCAAAAGACUAGAGAUGUGCCCAUGGGAAGAGGACAUUUUGAGCUCUAAAUUGAAUGGAAGAUUCAACAAGCACCUCCAGCCAUCUUCUACAGUACCAGAAUGGAGAACAAAAGAUAAUGACUUACGAUUACUGCUGACAAAUGGAAGAAUUAUUAAAGAUGAAAGACAACCCUUCACAGAUCGAAAUCUAUAUACAGCAGAUAGUGAAAAUGAAGAUUACAUGGAGAGGUCAAAAAAGGCAAAAAGCAUAAAGAUAGAACAGAUUUCAGAAGGACAGGGGAAUGUAGAACCUCAGAAACCACUUAACAUGUUUUUUGAAAGUGUAAAAUCAGAACUUAGAAAUGGAUCUUCACAAUAUUCUGAUAUUUCUGAUUCAGAGGAAUCUGGGCCUGAUUGCACUGUUCAGAAAAAUGAUUUUACCAGGGAAGAGUCAGAAAGCUCAGGUGAUGAAAAGAAACAGAAAAUAUCUUCAAAUUUUAAGGAGGAAUCUGAAAUGACAGUGAACCUAUAUCAAACCAACAAGAAGCUAUCUCGAAGAGAAAUUCCUAGUAAAAGGGAAUGUCCUACCUCUACCAGCACAGAGGAAGAAGCUAUUCAGGGCAUGCUAUCCAUGGCAGGAUUGCACUAUACCACCUGCUUAACAAGGCAGAUACAAAGCACAGACUACCUAGAUGAAAGAAGCUCACUUCAGGAACACAACAGCUGCCAUAGGAGUAACCAUGAAGUUAGGCAAUUGUAUCAGUCCCAUAAGCCAGUGGAAUAUGGUCAACAUAUUAAGACAGAGGAACAAGAAUUGGGGUCUUCAUCCUGGGUCCGGCAACUUACAACUUCCAGGUAUAAUCCUCAGGAUCCAGGUAAAGCCCAGAAACAUAUCAAAAAAGAAGAUUCGCCGGAAUUCACUCAGAAGGUUCAAAGUAGGAGUUACAUGGAUGGCAGUGGUUCAAGCCUUCAAAAUGGGAAGUGUGCACAAAAUCCAAGCUAUAUGCCAGGCACAUGCCAGAUGAGCAAUGGCAAUUUUAGCCCAGAAAGUUCUGGGGGUGAAGCUUCCUUUUCUUUACCACUACACCCGAUCAAGCGCCCUGCUUCCAACCCACCACCCAUCAGCAACCAGGCAACUAAAGGUAAACGUCCAAAGAAAGGAAUGGCAACUGCCAAGCAGCGCCUUGGGAAGAUCCUUAAGUUGAACAGAAAUGGCCAUGCACGCUUCUUUGUGUGAUGGUAGCCAGUAUUGCUGCCACUCUCACCUUUGGAGACCAGUAUUGAGGGCAUUGGGGCCUGGAGCUUCUGCUGUUCAUCUGCUUGAAGCAGACUUGCAUGUACAAUAUAAAACACUGCCUGAAGAACAAAAUGAACCUGAUGCUGCAUUUUCACUGUGCCACACCCACUGAGCAAUAACCAUUGUGGACCUGGUGGGGGGAGGAUGAAGGAGGGGAGAACUUUAAAAGAGACCAGGAGCUAGGGCUGGUCUCUUGUCAGGGCUUGAGUAUCAUUUUGUUGUUGGUAGUGUCUUGACUUAUUUUCAGUGGUAGGGUAAAGAAAGUUAUCGAUAAUUUAUUUAACAGAUUUUUUAAAAAGUUGACAGCUUUUAAAUUCUUUCUUUUUUAAGCUAUUUAUUUGGAAGACUCGUGGGGAAGUAUCUCACUAAUUUAGAUUUAAGAAUGUGAAGGUUUUUAAAUUAUUUUUGAUAGCGUGUGUUACAUGUGGUGAAGAGCCAUAGUAACAGUAAUUUGUCUGAACUCUUAAAAUUUGAAAUUCAGGUUAAAGUCUUAAACAGGGAUUUGAUGCAUUAAUUAUUUUAAAUUAAGAUGUAUAUGAAAUUCAUUUUAUUUUAUAAUAUUUUGUGUUUUUUUUUUUAAUAAGCUAUUAGCUUGGCUUUUUCUAAUUUACGAGUUGCAUAGUGUCAUCCAAGUUAGUUACCUUAUUCCAUCUUCUUUUUCUGUUGUCAAGAAUUUUGUGACAACCCAAGAAGAAUCUUUGCUUUACAGAGAAACAACUUCAAUACCCAAGGCUUUCCCAAAAAAAAGAAAAAGAAAAAAUAUUGCAAAAACCAAACCAAACCAAACCAACCCACUUCUUUUUCUCACUUUGACAGUUGUGGUUUUCUACUUAAGUAGAAAAUAACCAGAUAUUUUGAAUUUUCAUUUGUAAAUUUGAUGUUAGGCCCCAAAGAAAACUACUUUUUAAUAUCCUUUUCCUCAUUCAGAAAAAAAAAAAACUUUAUGACUGAUAUAAUUUAAUUUAUUUGUUUAAUAAGUUCCCUUUGAGAUUUUGUUGCAGGAGAGUGGUUGAAGGUUAGGAGGAGUCAGUAAUAACAAAUACCUGCCUUUAUAGGGUAUUGUAACAAGUUAAGAAAAAUUAAAUUCUCAUUGUUUUAGGGGUGUAUGAUUUGGCCUGACAUGUAUAUAAAGCUAUAUUAAUUAAGCCCUAUCAUAAUAGGUUUCUAAUAUAUUAAGUUAUAGAGGAACAGCAAGGGCAUUGAAGAAGUAGGAUUGAUUGUUUAAUCUUGUAACCUUUGAAGAUUUAGUUUGGGCCUGAGUUUGAGGUGAAGUAGGUGGUUCCUGCAGUUUACUCCCUCUUAGCCAAUACAUAAAGAAGAUGAGACUUAUUUUUAAAGUAAACAUUUGUUUUGUACACACUUCUUAUUGAGUGCCACUUUGGGAUUGCUUGUUUAGUAGCUUAUAUUUUUCAAUUGAUAUUUUUUUGGUAACAAUUUAAAUACUGAAUGGGGUUGGAGUGUAAAAAUAGCUGUUCUUGAUUCUGACAAAAAGGGCAUUUUGUAUGUUCCAGCUAAGAAUUUCAAGUCUGAGGGAAAUGGAGUAGGCUUUAUUUUUAUGAUGAAGAAAUAUAGCCAUAUCAUUGAUUUGUCUUACUUUCAUUUAGCAAACAGAUGGGAUUUGUGUUUUUGUGCUGAUUUCUGUUGUUGAACUAAAACAAGCAGACUAUAUUGCCUCCCAGAUUUACAUUUUUAUAUCUUCCUUCCAAAGUUUAAAAAAGUAAAUUAUAAACAGGUGAUGAAUUUACCUUCCUUGGUUUUUCCAAACCCAGGAUAUGUCUCAAGACAGAUCCAUUCUGGUUGUCAGGGAGAAGAAUCUAUCAACGUAAGAUGUCUAUAAAGAGCUCACUUUAAGCUAUGUCCACACUAUGCCAAAACAACUAGUUGAGAACUGAAUUAUUCAGCGAGUCAACUAGUUGAUUAUUUUUUCUACAUGAUGCCAAAAAACUGGUUUGACUGAUCUUUUCUCCCACUGAAAUACAGUAAUGUUUUGGUUUUGUGUAGACAGUGUUGGUGUCAGGGAUAGAAUACAAAUAGAUUGUUGCCUAUGAAAAAAAUGACUUUAAAACUGAUUUUUAAAAACUGAGAUAUGUACUAAUCUAAUUUGUAGCAACAGUUAUAGAUAUUUGUAGCUGCCUAACUUUAUUUUCUUUAGCCAGAUAACCUAAAAUCAAACCGAAUUAUUUUAUGGAUUAUAACACAUGGCCUAUAUUCAUCUUUGAUUACUUUGAUUAUGAGUAAAUAAUAACCAUGAAUAGCCAGUAUAUAAAUUCUGAAAAUGAACUUCACUUAAUAGGAAAUCAAAUCACCAUCCCCAAAGUAAUUCCAAUAACUAGAUAAUUUAGUUUAAAAUAUGCCUCUAAUAACCACUGCAGCUGAAAUGGGAAUUGUAUAUUUCUGAUUGAGGGGAACCAUGGCUACAAUUUCAUUGACCUUCUCAUCAGGUCCUCUGGGGACACCAAAUCUUGCUAAGAUUUCUUGGUCUUUCAUGUUUUGAUCUGAAGGAGAUAACUAGUGCUAGAAGUCUCCCCUUCUAAGAAGUGAGGAGUUAUGGCACAGAGAUAGUCCUUCUCAAGCACCUCUUCUAAGAGAUAACCAGGCUAAUUACAUUUUGUGAGACCAUCCCAUUAUCUCCCAUUUAAUUUGACAGAACCAGUGAAGCAUCUUCAACAGCUCCCAUUGCACAAACUGUCUUAAAAACUUUCAGGCUUUGUGACAGAAACAUUUUUCAGGUUUUUUAGAGCACUGCUCUUUGCAAAUAGGUCAUAUAGGCCAUGAAAGGCUCAGCAAGUUUAUAUGGAAUAGUUUGUGGGCAGUUAACUAGUCAUAAUAGAAGGGCUCAAGACUUCCAAAUUUGAAAUCAUGACUUUAGCUAUCCAAUUUUUACAUAAUAAUAGACAGCAGUUUAAGUUUUCUUAUAGAUUUUUUUUUCUUCUAUUAAGUUUAUAAUCUCAAGUAAUGCUAUACCAAGAAGUAUAACUGGAUAGCAUAAUUUAGUAAGAUCUGCAACUUAUAACUUCAUAAUAGUCCAGUUUUUUGGAAAUACUUUAAAAUAUUUCUUUGAUCAGUAUCAUUUAGAGUAUUAUAUGCAAAGAAGGAAUUUCUGGUCCAUAUCUGCCUAUUUUUAUUCAUAAAGGUAAAAUAGUUCAUAUUAUCAUUAGUUGACCACUUAGUUUGAUUCUAAUUUUGAGACUGUUAAAAACAACCAUCAUAACCAACUCUCCCUAACAAAUGUACUCUUAGUUUUUACCAAAUGAAAAGGUAUUUUGUCAAGCACCUGCUGUGUACUGCACAUGUGAACUGAAGGAACAGAGGGAAGGAGUCUUUGAGUAUAUCUCCCUGUUGAGCUUUUUUACCUUUUGGCUUCCUGGAAUGAAAGGAUCUUGGGGGGAGAGGGGGGAAUUCAGCAUAGUUUUAGUAAUUUGAUCUAAGACAGAUCACUAUAGAAUUAAAACAAACUCAGAAGUACUUGAAAUAGGAGCUAUGAAAAGUUGAUCAUUUUAAUGUUUGUAUCUUAAAACUGAUUUUAAAAAUUGUUAUUUUUAUGAAUGGGCACAUUUUUACUAUACCAUAAAAACCUUAAAGAGUGAAAAUGACACAGAUCCUAACAUUUAUUUCCUAAUGGGAAACUCAUUACUCAUUUUUGAAAGAGUUCUGAAAAAUGUUUAAGAAGAGGCUGAAUAAAAAGAGGUAGAUACAAUUCUUGAGGUAAGAUGACUCAUGUGUUAGUGAAAUGAGGAAGUGAUACCAUUUGCCCUAAGAAGAAUGAGGUAAUUUUAAAAAUCUUAACAUUAACAGAUACUGGAAUAUUGGUACUCAAUGAGAGUGGGGUAGAAAAGAGAGAAAUUGGAUUUUUGCUGAUUAAAAAAAAUCAUAAUUAAACCAGCAUAAUAGAAUAACUUUCUAAAAAAGAAAUGGGCUAUCAUUAUACUACAUACCAUCUCCACCUCUCAGGUGAAGGUAAUACAAAAUUUUUAAACCAUCUCGAAGGCUGGCUUCAGUAAAGAAAUUCUUUAAAACAAGGUGUUGAGAAGUUAGAACAUUGGUAAAGAUAGUUCUAUCAGAUCUCAAUAAAGUUAAAAUCCAUUUUAGUGAGGAAGAAUACAUUUUUUAUUAGACCAGAAUGUUUUUAAAAAUAAUCGCAUCCACACCCAUAUUUGCCCUUACUUUUGAUCUUUUCUGUGAUCUCUCCAUAUUGAUGAGUGUAUACUUAAUACAAAUGAAUGGUAAGAACUUUUUACUCCUUGUAUGAUCACCAAAAGUAAAAGGAUGAAUGGCUGGUUUCACUUCGAAGAGGGUAAGACUAACAAAAGUAUAAAUAAGCAAAAGCCUGUGAAGUUCAUUUGUUCCAGUAAAAAUUGAGCCUGAAGGGAGAGAGAGAGACCUACUCUGAGAUUUCACCAAAUUCUAGAUUUUAGACUUGUAACAUAGCAAGAGAUUAUUGGUAAAGUUUCCCUGUCUUCAGACUCAUAAAAGUAUAUUAGUUCCCUUUUACAGAUGAAGCAACUGAAAAAAGAGAAGCUCCCUUUACCCUCAGCCACAUACAGCUAGUUAAAUACAUUUUAACCAAGGAGACUAUAAGUCUCCUAUUCAUUAUACCCUGCUGUAUCAGCUGUUUGUUUCCGUUUUUUUUUGUAUUGAUUUGGUUACUGAAAAUUAGGAGGAAUAAGAGAAGCAUUAUUGUAUCAUGGUUAUAGUUAGGGGGCUGAACCUAACUGGAAUGAUGAAAUGAUUAUUUUUUUCAUAAGGUUUUCUUUUUUAUUGUAGUGGGACUGUGCCAUUAGUAAUCAAACAUUUGGUGUACUUGUGUAAAAAAAAAAUCUUUAAUAUAGUUUAAAAACAACAACAACCCUAACAACAACAACCUUAUCACUAAAGAGAUUUGCUUAUUGUGGUUAACUGUGGUUUUACCUGUAUAUCCUUCCCUUCUUCUCAAACCUUGACCCCUUCCUAAGUUGCCUAAGAAUUUGUGUCUUAAUAAGGAAAAGGUGAAAAUGAGGGUAAAACCUCUUAGAAACCAGUAGCACUGAAUCUUCCAGCAAGUUUUUCUUCUGCACUACUUUCCUAAUAAACCCUGGCUACUAGGUAGCCUUUGAUGACCUCCAAGUAGUUUACCUAUGCAACUUGUCAUAUCCCAUUCAUUCAUUCAUUUUUUUAAUCUGCUAUUUCAGGAAGCAGCUACAGGGAAGGGAGAUAUUCUGUAUAAAUUUUGCCCUCUCCUGGUUUUAUUUCGGCCAUUUUUCUUUAUAAGUUUCCACUUUCCUCGAGGUAUAUUUGACUAGAACAUAGUGAGUUAUGGUCAUGGUUUUGUAGGAAUAAAAUCACUCAGCAAUGAUUUUCAUCUUUGUUUGGUAGGUUUUAUGGGGGAACUCCUUGGAGUAAAUCUAAUAUCCACUAUGGAGUUAACUCCCUUGCCUGAAAUCCUUUUUCUCCUCUAAUAAUGCUAACUUUAAAGAUCAACCCUUCUUUAUUUAUUUAAGAUACUUACACAUUACUUCUACAUUAUAUAAUCAGGGGCUUGAGUGUAACUCACUACAUGAACCCUAGAGCUGUUUUAUCUUUCAGAAGAAACUUAAACCAAACUAAAGGCCUUACAAUUUAGGGUGAGGCUAGAUUAAAAGCUGCAAUCUCAUUUUCCCCAAAAAAGUUCAGAGAGAAGUACGUCACAAAUCAUGCAGCGGUUUGGUGGGAUGUCACAGCACUCAUUGGGAAAUGCAGCUGCAUCUUUGCAGUUGGAUUUCCUUUGGGAAAGACUUUUCUACUUUGAAUAUGAAUUAAGCCAUAAUAAUUUCAUGCUGUGGAAAGAAAGUGGAGAGCUUCACUUUAAGAAAUUAUAUAAUACAAAUUUUCACAUUUACUGUGAAAUGUCUUGACUUUGCCAGUGCUUCAGCAGGUUUUGUGGUGAUAUUUUGGAGGGGGGAUAUGAUGUUUUGUUUUUUAAUCUGUGAAAUUUUAAAAGGGGACAGUUGUUGGCUAUGGUAUUUACUAGUUUUGUAGUAAUGUUUUGCUAACCUGACUGCCUUUUCUCCCCCUCUUCCCCCCCCCCACAAUGAUUUUUAUGGUCCAAGUUGACUCUUGCUAUUUUUUCUUACUUUGGGUGUCUCUGGGGUAGGAUCUUGUCUAUUUGUAUAAGUUGUCAGUAUGUGUGCACAGAGUGUGUCCUUUUGUUACAGAAACACACUGGGUUGCAAUUGGGUGUUUGGCUGGGAAAUGGGAUGCUGAAGUGUGAAGAACGUUUUGUUUUUUUUCCAAUUCAUAACAGUAUUUCCCAUCUUUUGCCUGCAGGCAGGGAAAGUGUAUGUACAGUAUUUAUUUUGUUUCUAUUUUACUUAAAUUUGUAAGUUUUGAAGUAGCUUACAUUGGUCAUAGGGAAGGACAAGUGACUUGUUUAAAUUUGUAUUUGGUAUUCAUACUUUACAAUUUCUGUACUUUAAGAUAUUGAGAUUAAAAUUGGUAUUACUUUUUGUUUUGAUUUUAGCACGCCAGUGUAAUUUUUUGUUGUUGUUGGUUUUGUUUGAAGGUAUAAAUGCUGAAAGCUGUAUAAACUGUGUCUUUGGAAGAAAAAAUUCUGAAUUUUA